AUGGCUCCCUGCUCGCGGCCAGGCGCGCGGCCCCCGGCGACCUGUGGUGAGGCGCGCGGUCCCGGCGGCGCGGCGGCCAGGCGCGCGGCACCGGUGGCGCGGCGGCAGGCGCGCAGCCCCGGCGACCCGCCGGCCAGGCGCGCGGUCCCGGCGACCCGCGGCCAGGCGCGCGGCCCCGACGGCGCUGCCGGCCAGGCGCGGCGCGCGGGCACGGCCCAGCGCGCGGCUAGGCGCGGCGCGGGCGCGGGCAUGGCCACGGCCGGUGGCCGGCCGGCCAGAGGCGUGGGCGGCUCAGCCCAGGCGGCGGCCUGGUGGUGGCUCGCGGCCAGACUGGCGGGUGCGGCAGCCGUCCCGCGCAAGUGCUCCCGGCGUGUCCGAUAUUUGAGCACAGAGACAUGGGAGGAAGAGUGA